GCUGGCGAGGCUCACGGCGGCAGCGGAGGAGGUGGAGAGGCUGCCGGUGGAGGGGGAGGAGUCAGUGCCCCAGCCGGUGGAGGUAUCGCUCUACUGCGGCAGCGCCAUGAGCCCGCACCUGGCCCACUCGGGGGAGGGGGCGGGGGGCGGAGGCGGCGCAGGUGGUGACCCGUGGGUCGGCCUCCGCGGCUGCGAUGCCGCCACCCUGACGGAGGUGGUGGAGCACCUGGACCCGGAGCCGCUGGGCCUGGUAGGUCCCUGCGUGCUGGGCGGUCUGCGCCCCCGCCUGCUGCUGCUCACCACCCCCAAUUGGGAGUACAACGCAGUCAUGCGCGCAUGCGAGGCAGCGGCGGCGGAGCAGGCGGCAGCGGCCCGCAGCAACGGGGGCGGGGGGCGGAGUGGUGGCGGCGGCGGUGGUGGCGGCGGGGCGCCCCACGGCGGCAGCUGGCCGGGCCCCCCGGGCCGCGACGGCCUGCCGCUGCGGUGCGGCGACCACCGCUUCGAGUGGAACCGGGCGGAGUUCCGGAGCUGGUGCGAGGAGCUGGCGGGGAGGUGGGGGUACGACGUCAGCUUCGAUGAGAUCGGGCACGCCAACGAGGAGGCUGCUGCGCUGGCCUCCCUCGCCUACACCGGGCCGCAGCAGCCGGGAGGGGCCACCCAGAUGGCG